UAAGUCGGCUUCAGUCCUGCUGACUCCCUGCUGCAGUCGCUAUCGCAUAGAGGAGAGGCGCGUUUCGCUCCUGCUGGUCUAGUAGGCUGAGAGUUGUGAUUUGCGCGUCGUAUCGAGUAAACAAAAAGCACAUGGUUUUUCGUAGCGUGAAUAAACCGUCGUGGAUUUUUAUUUAGAUGUUUUUUUGGUUUUCAGACUUUUAUGUUAGUGAAUGAAGUGAUUUUUUAGGAGGAGAAGAUAUUUUUGGUUAUUUUAAUUGACUGUCAAACUAAAGGGAAGAAAAAAGUUUAAGGCCGGCACUAUUUUAAGAUUUGACUUAUCAAAAUGCUGCAACAAAUUCUACGAGAUAUGUACGUAGAUCCAGAGAUUCUGGCUGAACUGGACGAACAACAGAAGCAAACGCUGUUCUGUAAGAUGCGCGAAGAACAAGUGAGAAGAUGGAUAGCGUGGAACGACAAAUUGGGAGAAGAAUCUACGUUAACCAAGCCAAACAACAAGAAAAGUGUCAGCUUUCUUAAAGGUUCAGAUGGAGAACCUUGGGUUUGGGUAAUGGGCGAACACAAAGACGACAAGAGCAUAGAAGACAUAAUAAAAGAAGAAGCAAUCGACAAAGCCCGAAAAAUCGCCGAAAAAGAAGCAGAGCAACUGCGAAAGCAAGUGGAAGCUCAGCUCUCCGAAUACAUCGACCUAACGCCGAAAAUAGAAGACAUAGGUAACUCGAAACUCGACUACGAAGAUGACAUGGACAUAUACUGUUCCGUUGACGAAUUAAGAGAAAAAAUCAACUCCCAAAACUUCCAGAAACCGCAGAAACCUCUAGCGAAUUACCAGUUGAACUCGUAUCAAUCGAAAAAUAACAAAUUUAGCUUUAUAGAUACUAGAGAUGUGCUUCAGGAGAUCUCGUUGAACACGCAGAAAGUUGCCCAGAAGGUGGCGUUGUGGGAGAAAAGACUGACGGAGGAGAGGACGACAGAAAUAUUCAGGAAUAUCAGGAAGAAGCAGGAGCAAGUGGCCAGGGAAGCGGAAGAGGAAGAGAAAAAGAAGGAUCAAGUUUGGAGGGAGCAAGAAAGAAAAGCGAAGCAGGCUGAGCAACAAAUUCGAGAAAUUGCCAGAAGAGCUCGGGCAGAGCACAGGUUAACGUCAAAUAUGGAAAUUGACACGAAUUACAGUACUGUCAACGCAGGGGUACCGCCAGGAAGACAAGCAGUUUUCGAAUGGUACCGACAAAAAGAAAAACCUAGGUUAGCAGGAUUGGAUGAGUCCAACAACGUCCAAUCUUGGUUUCAUGGUUUAAUAACACGAUCUCAAGCAGAAAAACUGCUGUUGGACCAGCCACAUGGAACGUUCUUGGUCAGAUUGUCAGAGAAGAUCUGGGGAUACGCCAUAUCAUACAGGGCUGAAGAAAAAUGUAAACACUACCUAGUUAAUGCCUCGCAAACAUAUAGUUUCUGCGGGACCAAUCAGCUCGAACAUAAUAGUUUAGAUGACCUGAUAAAGUACCAUCACAAACAGCCUCUAACCGGUGGUGAAAAACUCCUACGCCCCUGUCCAAGAACUUCAUCCAGCGCCAUAGAUGAGCUUUUCGAGUCCAAAAACUAAGAAUUUAUUAAUUUAAAUACAUUACGAUUAUAUCUAAGAACAUCUGUGAUCAUCUUGGCAUUGUUUGGAAAGCAAAAAUUUACUGCUCAAAAUUAUCCUCAUUUGAAGAUUUUUAAACAAAAUUGUUGUUUCGGAUCUUGAGCAGUUAACCUUUCAAUUAAAACAAAAUACUUAUUUUGAUAAUUUUAAGUUAACAUAUUAUGAUCGACUUACUAGAUAAUUUAUAUUAAAUGAUACGUGAUAUAGUAACCUCUAAAAUGGAAUGUUCAUAAACAGAGAGAAUAUCAAUAAAUGUAAUUUAUCCAUAUAAAAAUGUCAAUUUUUGUUUAGUACAGUUGAGGUUACUCUUAAUUAUUUAUAGGACUUCGUUUUGAUCUAAGUUCUCCAAUAUAUUUUAUAAUAAUAAUUGAAUUUUAACUAUUAGGUGCAUUUUAUCUCAUUAUUAUUAGUGAUAAUUUUUGCAAGACUUUCUUACGUGUAUUUUUUUAUUUCUUUAAGAAAAAGUACUGUAAUAAAAUAAGUUUUGAUAUCCAAUAUUAAGUUAUGUGCCUUCUUUUGAGUGUAUAUGCGUUUUAUUUACGUGCUGUAUUUUUUAUUUGUACUGAAACGAGAUUUUUGGUAUAAAUAAAUCUGAAAAAGUUCUGAA